AUGUUGAAGGUACAUUACCGAGAAGAUGCUUCGACAACCACCAAACAUGACUUCCUGCUGGGAGAGGCGGAUCACAACAAUCACCAGACUGAUGCCCAAAUUUUGCCAAUUCUGUCCUUGAAGUGUAAGACGGGAGAGAAUUUUAUCAGAACCAGUAGAAAACAGAAGAGUGGAUGUACCCAAGAUACACCAUCAGCUACCCAGACCUACCAUCAGCUACCCAGACCCGUCAUCAGCUACCCAGACCCAUCAUCAGCUACUCACACCUACCAUCAGCUACCCAGACCCACCAUCAGCUACCCAGACCCACCAUCAGCUACCCAGACCCAACGUCAGCUACCCACACCCACCGUCAGCUACCCACACCCACCAUCAGCUACCCACACCCACCAUCAGCUACCCAGACCCACCAUCAGCUACCCAGACCCACCAUCAGCUACCCAGACCCAUCAUCAGCUACCCCGACCCACCAUCAGCUACCCAGACCCAUCAUCAGCUACCCAGACCCACCAUCAGCUACCCAGACCCACCAUCAGCUACUCACACCCACCAUAA